GAAAUGCGCAUGCGUAGACGGGAGACUCCGCUACUCUAUGCUUCUAUUUCUUGUUUUUGUCCGCAAAACAGGGCACGUGCUCUCCUCCAACGCGUCCUCGUGGGUGGCUGGGGGGGGGGGUGGCACGGGCGAGCAAGCAGAGCGCCGCCGCGUAGAAGAAACAUGCUGCUGAGCGGCUCGUGCUGUGGAUGCUGUUGCCGUUUCUUGUUUCGGGCAAGGACUGGAGCGCUUGGCCCAAGCCGGUCCCUGGGAGGAAGGCAUUUUGGAUAUUUUAGGGCGCUAAGGCCACUCAGAAGGGGAAGGCUAGAGAAGCAGAGACUGCUUGUGGGGGUCCCUUGGUUGCGUGUACCGAGUCCCAGGCUCCCUGUGGGGGAUGCGGGAGUGCAAUGGGAGCUUCCUAGGGCUCCUGCUACGUCUUUGCUCACCCACUGGCGUUUUUCUUCGGGUUCUCCAAGCAGCAGCAGCAGCAGCAGCACUGGACAGCAGCAUCAAGAGGCUGUCGAAGUACUCCUGGAUGUCUGUCAAAGGAGGCACUUCCUAAGAGGAGGGGAGGAAUGCCCAAAGCCCACGUGGGACUCUUACCUGAGGGGAGGCCAUCUGGGCCUUGGGGCUCUGGGGGUCGAGUUGAGGAAGAACCUCGCUGCUCAGUGGUGGGAAUCUGUGGUUGUGUUUAGGGAGCAAGUGCUGGCAGUUGAUUCCCCGGUGCAUCGCUCCUCAAAUGCUGGCAAGCUGCCAUUGGGGGAGGCCUUUAGAGCAGUGCACCCCACCGCUCUUUGGAAAGCCCUGGAGAAUGGAGAGUUAAGCAGAGAGCAGGUGCUGGCCACUCUGGAGAGGAUGCUGAAGAUGUCUGGGGAGCUGCGGGACAGCCUUCUUCACGGUGCCUUGGAGCACUAUGUUGAGUGCCUGGAACUGGUAAACAAGAAGCUGCCUUUUGGGGUUGCUCAAAUUGGAGUGUGUUUCCAUCCAGUAACAAAUAAUGAAAAAGAGAACCAUGUGAGAAUAGGUGAAAGGACAAUGGCUUCUCUGGUGUGGUACAGCUCUGCUAGAACUGCUGGACAGUGGCUUGACUACUGGUUACGUCAGCGACUGCAGUGGUGGAGAAAGUUUGCUCUAAGCCCGUCUAACUUCAGCAGUAGUGAUCAUCAUGAUUAUGAAGGACGAAGAGGAAGUUAUCUGUAUUACAGCUUUCCUUGGGGGAAAGAAGUGAUAGAAACUCUGCAGAGUCUAGGAGAUAACGAACUUUUACAGACGUAUCCAGAAAAAGGAUCAAAAUUGCAUGGUCGAGAUGGAAGGAAGAAUGUUGUUCCUCAUAUCCUAUCUGUGAGUGGCAAUCUGGACUACGGAGUGCUAGCAUAUCUCUGUGACUGUGUGCAGCUAGAUGAAGAUGCUUUCGCAAGAAAGAAAGCUCUGCAUAGAAAGGUUCUUAAGCUUCACCCUUGUUUGACACCUAUCAUUGUAGCUUUGGAUGUGGGCAGAGGCCCAACAACGGAGCUGAGGCAGGUGUGUCAGGGAUUGUCCAAUGAGUUGUUAGAAAAUAAGAUUUCUGUUUGGCCUGGGUAUCUUGAAACCAUGUAUUCAUCACUGGAGCAGCUAUAUACAAAGUAUGAUGAAAUGAGUGUCCUCUUCACAAUCCUGGUCAAUGAUGCUACACUAGAGAACGGAGUGGUCCAGCUGAGGAAUAGGGACACCACCAUGAAAGAAAUGAUGCACAUAUCGAGAGUGAAGGACUUUUUAACAAAGUACAUUUCAGCAGCUAAAAAUGUGUGACUUUUUAUAAUUUAAUAUCUUUCUGUAGGAAUGGAUUUCACUACUGCACAUCUUUCUCAGUCAGCCAGGAACCUUGACUUGCAAUACAUGGCUCUGCUCACUAGGGGGCUCCUUUCUUUCAGAGUGAGAUAAAAGGCAUAAUAGUAGCCAAGACAAAAGCAUACAAAUAGCAAGCCAUGAUUCAAAGUCCAUCAUAACAUUGCAGAGCUAUAUUAACAUAAGUAGAAGUGGGCAAACCUAGUUAUGCUGAAGAUGUCAGAGAUUGGAAUUCUCCAGACUGGCAAACUUGGGGAGAACUGCAUCUGUCACAAAUGAUUGAGAUCCUCUGAUGGGAGUGAAUUGUGCAAAGUUCAUCGAUACACUUUUUUUUUUUUUAAAUCCUAUUUUGACUGGAAAACAGUCAUGGAUGACUUGUGCACAGUGGAGUUACUGUCAGUUGAACAUGAGUCUUCCUGAACUUGUAGUUAACCAAACAACUUCUGUUUCCCAUUCCAAUGUGAACAUAUAUAAAUGGAAUCUCCAUAAACUUGAAUGUAUGCCUGUUUAAAUGUGUCCAGGCCACGUGCAGAGUGCAUUACAUUUAGAUAGUCUCUAUUUUUGGCAGUCAGUAAAUGGGAUAAAGUUGCUGUCCUGUGCCUUGUCUUCUGCUCUGUCAGUCUCAAAUGAUUUGAAUUAAAAUGGAAUAUAAUCUUAAAUACAGAUGUAUGAACAAUACUGAACAUCUGAAAAAUUACAGGGAAAAGUGCAGAUCUGUUCUCAUCUUGGCUGUAUUUUUUAUUUUUAAAUAAAUUUUUGAGAUCGGG